CCCUAACAGUUUGGAUGUUAGUGGAGGUUCUUUAUCCACCAUCCGCACAAUCUUUCGUUGAAAUCUCUCGUCAAUUUUUCUUUUCCGUCCACAGCUCGGGAGGUGCUGUGCUUCUAGGAGCGCCCAGUCGUGCCCAGGCAACCGCGUGAACGCGCAUGUCAGCCUGGCUCGCUGCAGAGAAUCAGCUGCCUCCUCAGCGUUCACGAUUCAUCGCUGGGAUGGUGUUGACAGCGAGGGGCGACAGAUGGCCUCUUUUAUUCGCCUAAAUGAAUGACACGGUCAUGUGAAAUUACAUUCUUACGGCUGGACACCAACCGCCCCCCCCUUCCCGUUCCCUGCCGUCUGUGGAGCAAGACGACGUUGCGAGGCCGUGGACGACGCUGACGUUUACCGAUGGAAUCCCCCGUUGCUGGUAGUAGAUGGAGAAACCGACAGGGUGGACUUGUUCUAAAUUAUUAAAAACGGCCUGAAAUUCAAAGGAAGACCGAACGAUGCAUCUGCACCAGGUGCUGACCGGGGCUGUGAACCCCGGGGAUUGCUGCUACUCGGUGGGCAGCGUCAAUGACGUUCCCUUCACUGCCUACGGCUCAGGUUGUGAUGUAGUGAUCUUGGCCAGUGACUUUGAGUGUGUGCAGAUCAUCCCAGGAGCCCAAAAUGGGAACAUUCAGGUGGGCUGUGUGGAGUGCUCCCAUCAGCUUGGCAGGAUUGCUGCCUCCUAUGGAAACACAGUCUGUAUCUUUGAACCUCUGUCUACCAACCCAAACAAACGCCACAAGCAGCUUAACUAUCAGUGGCAAAAGACAGGGCAGUUCUUCCUUGAUGCCAUCACCUACAACCUGGCCUGGGACCCACAGGGGAACCGUAUCCUAGCAGCAACCGAGCGGCUCCAGCUGUGGGCUCCACCGUUGACAGAUGCUCUAAUUGAAGAGGAGGAUGGCCACGUGACUGAAGACAAGCCCCAUCCCGUUCUGAAUGACUGGAACUGUGUCUGGCAGUGCAAGACUGCUGCAUCUGUGCAUGUUGCCAAGUGGUCCCCUGAUGGAGAGUACUUCGCAACAGUUGGGAAGGAUGACUGUUUACUCAAAGUAUGGUAUCCCACUACGGGCUGGCGUUCUGCAGUGGUGGUCCAGGACCCCUCAGAUAAGAAACCGCCUGCUGUUCACUUCUCCUUUGUUUACCUGGCCCAUCCACGCUCAGUCACUGGUAUGUCAUGGAGGAAGACCAGCAAGUACAUGCCAAAGGGUUCAGUUUGCAAUGUUUUGCUGACAUCUUGCGAGGAUGGCGUGUGUCGGCUAUGGUCAGAGACCCUGCUUCCAGAAGACAGCUUGCUCGGGGGGCAAAUAUCCGACAACACGCACUCUUUUAGUUCCAGCUUGCCAGGCUUGGCAGGCAAUAAGGACAAAAUUCAGCAUGCUUUAGAGUCUAUUCACCAUCUGAAGCAUCUGCGUAGGGGAAGGCGACGAUCAUCUGCUUUGGUAGCUCACAGUGAGCUGCUCCCCUCUCAGCUUGGCACACAGGAUGCACACACUCACCGCCACAUUGCUCAUCAUGCCAACGCAUUGUGUCACUUCCACAUCUCAGCCAGUAUUAAUCCCAACACAGACCUCCCAUCAAUGCUGGCAGACUCUGCACUCUUUAACGCAGAUGAUGGCACCGGCGCAGGAGGAUUCGUUGUUCAUUGGCUCAAUAAUAAAGACCUAAGCUUCACAUGUUCCAUGGAUCUGUUUAUGCUACAGCUUCGCAAGUUCUCUGAGCAACAAUUAGAACACGCAACAGAAGACCCCCUGGACCCUGAAGGAUCCCCAUUGAAGUUUGAUUUUGACCUAGAUGAGAUGUCUGACAAAGCCUCAUCUGAGCUUGGAGAGGAGGGUGAACCAGGCGAGCAGGGAAGCACAAAGGCAUCCUCUCCAGGAUCCAGCUCUAGUUUGCCUUUGCCCUCAAUGCUGCUGGAGAGAAAAAUGGAGAUUCUUACCACAGAGUGGAAUAAGAGCCCUGACAUGCUGUUCACCAUUCACCCAACUGAUGGCUCUUUCCUUGUUUGGCAUGUCAAGUACUUGGAUGAAUUCAAUCAGGGCAUCUUUAGGCAGGUUCAGGUGUCCUUUUCCUCCCGUAUCCCAGUGGCAUUUCCCACAGGCGAUGCUAACUCGUUGAGUAAAAACAUUUUGAUGUAUGCGUGUACUUUGACCGAGAGGGAGAGUUCAAGAGCAGGCGACCCGGGGAGGAUGGUUCCCUAUGUCGCUCACUCAGUCUCAGCCUCUGCUGGCCUUGGUUCGCCUGCCCUGGCCUCUUCUUCUAACACCAAUCCCAGCAUCAGUCCAGCUGUCAUGAUGGUCUCCAAACACAUUGAUGGAUCCCUAAACCAGUGGGCUGUGACGUUUGCCGAGCGCUCUGCAUUCUCCAACGUAUUGACCGUAUCCCACAAAUUCCGCUACUGCGGUCACCGUUUCCAUCUGAAUGAUCAAGCCUGUCACACGGUGCUACCACUGCUGCUCACCUCCUCACACCAUAAUGCCCUGCUUACACCGCCCUCAGCUCCUGGCAGCAUUGAUGGGGAACAACCUCCCACCCUUCCCCUUCAAAAGGGACUUCCUAGGAAGCAGCUUCGCAAUGCAGCAACAAGGACAUUCCAUGACCCCAAUGCCAUCUACAGUGAACUCAUCUUGUGGCGAGUAGAUCACAUUGGACCUCUCUCUUGCACUGGAGGGGUCUCUGAACUGGCUCGAAUCAACUCUCUGCAUACCUCUGCGUUCAGCAAUGUUGCUUGGCUACCUUCACUUGUCCCUAGCUCUGUACUUGGAACAUACUGUAAUAGUGCCAGUGCCUGCUUUGUGGCAUCAGAUGGUAAGAACCUUCGUCUCUAUCAAGCUGUAGUGGAUGCCAGAAAGCUACUAGAUGAGCUGUCAGAUCCAGAAACAUCUAAACUAGUUGGCGAAGUGUUCAACAUUGUCAGUCAGCAGUCCACCGCCAGACCUGGCUGCAUCAUAGAGCUAGAUGUCAUUACAAACCAGUGUGGUGCCAACACCCAGCUGCUUCAUGUCUUCCAAGAGGAUUUCAUUUUAGGUUACAAACCUCAAAAGGAACCAGACACACAUACAACUGCUUUUCUAUCUGGUCAAGAUUAUCAACCUCCCCCAUUUUCGGAGAAAUUUUUCCUGGUGGUGAUAGAAAAAGAUCUCAACAGGAACUCUGUGCUACAAAUGUGGCACUUGCACCUCCAGUCUGUUCAGGCUUGUGUCGAUGAGCCAAACCAAGAUUCUAGCUUCCAGAGCCAGCUUUUGGUUCCCAAUCAAGUUGUGAAUGCUGACUCAUCUCCAGAGACCUCCCCUGUCAGACCUCUUCCACGCUCAGCCUCCACAGUCAACUUGCAAUCAGCCAGCAAACUCAUUCUCAGUUCAAAACUGGUGUACAGCAAGCGACUUGACUUGCCCCACGGGGUAGAAGUUACCAGAGCAACACCGUCUGCUGGUCAUCUCAGUUCCUCCUCCAUCUACCCUGUGUGCCUGGCUCCAUAUCUGAUUGUGACUACCUGCUCUGACUCUCGAGUGCGGUUUUGGCGCUGCGCUGUAGAGGGUGAUCAUGGAGAUAGUGACAAUGACCAGGACAAGCGGAUGUACCGCUGGGAGCCAUGGGCUUUGAUGAAUGAGGAAGAAGACAACAACAGCGCAGUGUUUGUGUCUGGGCGGCCUGUUGCCGUGUCGUGCUCCUACAUUGGUAGGCUUGCUGUAGCUUUUAAACAGCCACGUCAAGGACAGAUUUCUGGAAAAGAGUUUUCAAUGCAUGUGUCUAUUUAUGAGUGUGAAUCAACUGGUGGUUCAGAGUGGGUUUUAGAGCAAACGCUCCACUUAGAAGAAUUUAAUAGACCCUCUCCAACAUUGGACCCGAGAGUCAGCGUUGACUCCAACCUAUUUGUUUACAGCAGAUCGGACCUGUACAUGAGCAGAGACCACAACUCCCCCAAUAUCAAGCAUUACGUCCACUUGGAUUGGUUAUCAAAAGAAGACGGCUCUCACAUUCUCACCGUGGGGGUUGGCUCCAACAUUCUUAUGUAUGGGCGAAUCUCUGGCAUGGUCAAUGAGCAGACAAGCAGCAAAGAGGGUGUGGCUGUCAUCACACUCCCUCUAGGGGGCAGUAUUAAACAGGGGAUACGCUCUCGCUGGAUCCUACUCCGGGCCGUGGACUCGCUGUCCUCUGUGGAUGGCACUCCUUCUCUGCCAGUUUCGCUCUCCUGGGUUAGAGACGGCAUCCUGGUGGUGGGCAUGGACUGUGAGAUGCACGUAUAUGCCCAAUGGCACCAGGACAAGAAGCCCGGUGAAGGAGAGGAGGGAAACCUGUCAUCUGCAGACAUUGCAGGAAGUCAAACCCAAGCUUCUUCGGUUUUUGAAGGGAGAGCCAGAUCUAAAAGUGUGUUUGAAGGAAGCACUGCAGUGGAUGAGGCCCUACGUGCACCAGCUGGACUUCAAGAGGGAGGACUUUUUGAGGCUGCUCACUCGUUGUCCCCGACAUUACCUCAGUAUCAUCCCACCCAGCUGCUUGAACUCAUGGAUUUGGGAAAGGUUCGUCGAGCCAAAGCCAUUCUUGCUCAUUUGGUGAAGUGUAUUGCAGGAGAGGUGGCUGUAGUCAGGGAUGUGGAGGCAGGUGAGGGCGGAGCCAGGAGACAUCUGUCCCGAACCAUCAGUGUGACUGGUAGCACAGCAAAAGACACCAUUGUGGCCGGUCGCGACGGAGGACGGGAUUACACGGAAAUCAACUCCAUCCCCCCACUUCCCCUCUACGCACUCAUGUUGGCUGACGAAGAUACCUCAUUCAAGGGGGCUGAAGAAUCUGUUAAAGGACCAAAAGUAGCCAAUGGUGAGGCGGGGCACAUGUCUACCGAGGACCAAUAUGCUGACCUCUUCCAGGUGCCAACAGUCACCACGGAUGACUUUGUGAACUUUGCUACGGACAAACCAGAGAAGAAGUCUCGUGUUAUCAACCUCUCGCAAUAUGGUCCUGCUUACUUUGGACCAGAGCAUGCACAGGUGUUGUCCAGCCACCUAAUGCACUCUAGCCUACCUGGGCUAACCCGACUUGAGCAGAUGUUCUUGGUGGCCCUGGCUGACACUGUAGCAACCACUAGUGCUGAGGUCACUAGCUCCACUGACCAACAAUAUACAGGAGGCGAGGCCUUGGAUGAGUGUGGACUCAGGUACCUGCUGGCCAUGCGUCUUCAUACUUGCCUACUCACCUCUCUGCCCCCUCUUUACCGUAUGCAGCUUCUUCACCAGGGUCUGUCAACAUGCCACUUUGCAUGGGCCUUCCACUCUGAAGCAGAGGAGGAGCUGCUGAAUAUGAUUCCAGCCAUGCAGAGAGGUGACCCGCAGUGGUCUGAGCUCCGAGCAGUUGGUGUUGGUUGGUGGAUACGCAACAUCAACACCUUAAGGAAAAUGGUGGAGAAGUUGGGUAAAGCCGCAUUCCAGAGGCACAAUGACCCCUUAGAUGCUGCACUCUUCUACCUGGCAAUGAAGAAAAAGGCUGUCCUUUGGGGUCUCUUCAGGUCCCAACAUGAUGAGAAGAUGACUCAGUUUUUCAAGAAUAAUUUCACUGAGGACCGUUGGCGAAAGGCUGCUCUGAAAAAUGCUUUCUCCCUGCUUGGAAAACAACGGUUUGAGCAGUCAGCCGCCUUCUUCUUGCUGGCUGGAUCACUCAAAGAUGCAAUCGAGGUGUUGAUGGAGAAGAUGGAGGAUCUCCAAUUAGCCAUGAUAGUCGCAAGGCUGUAUGAGGCCGACUUUGAGAACUCAUCGACCUGCCAAGGCCUCCUUUAUGAGAAGGUUCUUGGCUGUAACAGGGAUGGAAGUCGUUACCACUGUUCAAGACUUCACCCUGACCCGUUCCUGCGCAGCAUAGCAUACUGGAUAAUGAAGGAUUACACCCAAGCUCUAGACACACUUUUAGAACGCAUCCCCAAAGAUGAUGACGAUAACCCUGAUGUGAUGGUGAAAUCAUGCAACCCCGUGGUGUUCAGUUUUUACAACUAUCUAAGAACACACCCGCUCAUCAUCCGGCGACACUUUGCUACUUCAGAGGGUACAGCGACCACUGUGGGUCUCACUGCAGAAAAGAACAGUGCAGAUGAGAUCAACCUUAUAGAGCGCAAAUUGUUCUUCACCACAGCAAAUGCACAUUUUAAGGUGGGCUGCCCAGUUCUGGCUCUGGAGGUACUUUCCAAAAUCCCCAAAGUUACCAAGAAAUCAGGCUCAUCCCCCCUCAGUAAGGCCUCAUCCAAGGCCAACGUGAGCUCAAACCAGCCACUGGAACAGAGCACAGGUCUGGACUGGGGUUCACCUGCUCCCCCUGCAUGGGGAGGGAAUGAAAGUUCAGGCGGGAUGGACUGGAGCCAACCUAUUAGCAAGUUGGAGGACAAUGAGCUAAAGCUUGACUGGGGGGAUGACAAAGACGAGGAGGAGGAGGAGGAUUGUCUGACUAUGAAGAAACUUGAAACGGAGAUGAAAGUGGAGGAAACUUUUGAUUCUAAGCUGCAGAGGGAUGACUCACAGAGUGAGUCUGAGGUGGACGUGAUAGCUGAGCAGCUGAAGUUCCGUGCCUGUCUUAAAAUCUUGAUGACAGAGCUGCGCACGCUUGCAACCGGCUUCGAGGUCGAUGGAGGCAAGCUUCGUUUUCAGCUCUACAGUUGGCUUGAAAAGGAGAUCGCAGCCAUGCAUACCAUCUGCAACUACAAGGUCGAAGGAAAGGAGCAAGAGUCAGAGGCAGAGCACUGGGCAGAACGAGCAGCAUCAGUGGAUAUAUCAGAUGACAUGUUGGAGAGAACGGACGCCGGUGCCUAUGAGCGUCACCAAAUGGAGCGGCGGCGGCUGCAAGCUAAGCAGCAGCAUUCGGAGAGGCGCAAGGCUUGGCUGAGGAAAAACCAGGCCUUGCUUAGGGUCUUCCUCUCCUACUGCAGCCUCCAUGGAGCCAAAGGAGGAGGAGUCACCUCUGUACGCAUGGAGCUCCUGUUCCUUUUGCAGGAGAGUCAGCAGGAGAUCACGGUAAAGCAGCUGCAAUCUCCCCUGCCUCUGCCGACCACCUUGCCUCUGCUCUCGGCCUGCAUCGCCACCACCAAAACAGUUAUAGCCAAUCCUGUGCUUCAUCUCAGCAACCACAUUCACGAUAUUCUCCACACCAUCACCCUCAUGGAGGCGCCACCUCAUCCGGACGCCACAGAUGACCGCGUAAAUGCCCUGCACACGCUGGCAGCAUCUCUGUCUGCUUGCAUCUAUCAGGCACUGUGUGACAGCCAUAGUUACAGCAGCCAGACAGAGGCCAACCAGUUUACUGGAAUGGUGUACCAGGGCUUGUUGCUCAGCGAGAGGAAACGACUUCGCACAGAAAGCAUAGAGGAACAUAUCACUCCUAAUUCAGCUCCUGCUCAGUGGCCAGGUGUGUCGUCCCUGAUUUCUCUGUUGACGUCUGCCAGGGAGGAGGACCAGCCGAAACUCAAUGUGCUUCUGUGCGAGGCAGUCAUGGCUGUUUAUUUAGCCUUGCUCAUCCACGGCUUGGGCACCCACAACAGCAAUGAACUCUUCCGCCUCGCCGCACAUCCCCUCAACAAUCGCAUGUGGGCUGCUGUCUUUGGAGGAGGAGCCAAAGUCAUAAUUAAGCCAAAGAGACCGGAGGCUCCACCAGUGACAGCUGAUUUUGAGGCAGCCAGGCCAGAAGAGUCUCAGGAAUCAGGGAGACCUGAGCAGGGCAACCUCGCCCAAACCCCCAAACCUAUUCCCUAUGAAACCCAGUGUCCCAAACAGUGCCCUCCUCUCGUUUCAAGGGGAGGUGGGCCAGGCACUGUGACACCUGCAACUAAGACUAGCUCAACAGUCGGGACAAGCAAGGAAGGUACAGAAGCUCAAGCUGGGCCAGAGACUAAUUUUGAAGCUAAAACUAAACCAGUGAUAGUCCUGCAGGAUAAUACUGCAGUGGUGCCACCUCAACCUCCAGCUGAGGACGGUGACCGAUACAGGCGCAGGUUUAACAUGAGGAUGCUGGUGCCUGGACGCCCUGUGAAGGAGACACCAGCCGCCCCCCCGCCCUUGCCUACAGAAAGACCCACUUAUCGGGAGAAAUUUAUUCCCCCAGAGUUGAGCAUGUGGGACUAUUUUGUAGCCAAACCCUUUCUGCCGUUAUCAGACAGCAAUGUUUUGUGUGACUCUGAUGAAAGUGGAGCAGAGGACGAUGAAGAUGAUGAUGACGCCUUCCUUUCUGAUACACAGAUAACUGAGCACUCUGACCCCAACUCGUACAGCUGGGCUCUGAUCCGCUUAGCCAUGGUGAAACUGUUUCAUCACAGCAUUAAGAACUUCCUCCCUAUCACUGGCCUUGACUUUGCAGACCUGCCAGUCACUUCACCUUUUACAAAUGCUGUGUUGAAGACCUUGGAGAACUGGGAACAUAUUUUACUGGAGACGAUGAAUAAAUUUGAUGGUCCGCCCCCUAACUACAUUAACACUUACCCUACUGACCUUAGCGCUGGAGGCGGUCCCGCCAUACUGCGUCACAAGGCCAUGCUGGAGCCAGACAACACUCCUUUCAAGACAAAGAAUCACCAGUCCUUUCCAGCCCGGCGAUUGUGGCACUUUCUUGUCAAACAAGAAGUCCUUCAGGAGACCUUAAUCCGUUAUAUCUUUACCAAGAAAAGGAAGCAGAGUGAGUCUGUAGACAACCAUAUGGACCGUGUAAGGCCAAACUGCAUAGCUGGAGCUAGCGCUCUCAACAAGGUGGAGGCAGAUUUGGGCUAUCCUGGAGGCAAAGCAAAAAUCAUUCACAAGGAGUCGGACAUAAUUAUGGCAUUUGCUAUUAACAAGGCUAACUCAAAUGAAAUAGUGCUGGCCUCCACCCAUGAUGUCCAGGAAGUGGAUGUAUCUACGCUGGUGGCUGUUCAACCCUACACCUGGAUUGGAGAGGACUUUGAUAAGGAGUCACGCAGCUCUGAUGACAUUGACUACAAAUCAUCUCAUACCAACAUUGCCCAGGCCAGCUCUGGUCCCUUUGCACCACCACAGAUGCCCGUCUCUGCAUCCAUGCCGUGGCUAGGCAGUGGGCAGACCAGCAUGGGAGCCAGCGUGAUCAUGAAAAGGAAUCUUAAUAAUGUCAAGAGGAUGACAUCCCACCCUAUAUAUCAGUAUUAUAUGACAGGGGCUCAGGAUGGCAGUGUUAGGAUGUUUGAAUGGAACAGACCUCAGCAGCUCAUCUGCUUCAGACAAGCAGGCAACGCUCGCGUCACUCGACUGUAUUUCAACUCCCAGGGCAACAAGUGCGGCGUCGCUGACGGAGAGGGAUUUCUCAGUUUGUGGCAAGUCAACCAGACCUCCUCAAAUCCCAAACCUUACCUGAGUUGGCAGUGCCACACAAAGACUUGUGGAGAUUUUGCGUUCAUCACAUCUUCGAGUCUCAUCGCUACGGCUGGACAGUCCAAUGAUAACAGAAACGUGUGUCUGUGGGACACCCUGAUAUCUCCCAGCAAUACCAUGGUUCAUGCCUUCCCAUGUCAUGAAAACGGGGCAACAGUACUGCAGUAUGCUCCUAAACAGCAACUACUGAUCACUGGAGGAAGAAAGGGGUUUGUGUGCGUCUUUGACAUCCGCCAGAGGCAACUGCUCCACACUUUCCAAGCCCAUGACUCUGCCAUCAAGGCACUGGCACUGGAUGCCUUCGAAGACUUCUUUGUCACCGGCUCCGCAGAGGGCAACAUGAAGGUGUGGAAGCUCGCCGGCCACGGUCUCAUGCACUCUUUUGGCAGCGAGCACGCCAAGCAGUCCAUCUUCCGCAACAUUGGAGCCGGCGUCAUGCAGGUGGAAACACGUCCCGGUAACCGCAUCUUCACUUGCGGGGCAGACGGCACCCUCAAGAUGAGGGUCCUCCCCGACCGCUACAAUAUCCCCAGCGGCUUGGUCGACGUCUUGUAACUCCUACUUUUGAAGGUCUAAAAAUGAGAAGGGGAAAAAAAAAAUCACAAAUGCUUAUGUAACACUCACUAGGCAUUAAUAGUGAUGAACGAAGGGGGUCAGAAGAUUGCCGCACUUCCGGCGUCUUUGUGUGUUCGUAAGUUCACUUUCGAGUGACAAACGCAGCUGCAAAUAUGUGUUUUCCCAAAGGCUAAAAGCAAAAGUUUCAAGCAUAAGGUAACAUACUUGAUUUUAAAGCUAGAUUUCUUGUCAUUUUAUUGAAGAUUCUCUACUCUUAGAGCGUGUCCAUAGGGAAGCUAUGCAUGUCCUGUUCUCGUUACGCGGUGCAAUCACAGGUCUCUUGAUAGUGCUCUGUAAAAGUACUCUGGCAAAAACUUUUAAAAAAGUGUGUAACUGUCGUCAUUUUGUGCCCACAGCUGAACUCUCUUAGCAUCUACUGUAACCAGCACUGUGGUUUGUUAUUAAGUCAGUGGUAUCCAAAGUGUGAAUCAACUUGUUGGACCUUUUUCUUUUUUUAAUUUUGUCUCCACUCCUCCAUCUUUUAUGCCUGGCUUUUCUCAGCCCCGAUGGGAGAGUUGCUGCUGCAUUGUUCCUGUAGUGAUGAUCACCCCCCACCCCCUCCCUUGUCACAGACACUGACUUGUCCUAUUUCAGGCCUGUGAGUGUGUGUGCUCGCCCACCUGCCCUCAAAUGCCUGUUUGUGUGGCAAAUUCACUGCUAGAACAUUCCCGUUCGUUGGGGAGAUGAUGUGUUUUACUCUCGUGACUGUGGUUUCAGUGUUUCCAUCUGUCUGCUCCGCCAUCAAUCGAUCACAGCGCAAACACAAAAGGUUCCCUUAUAUAUAUUUUUUUUUUUUUUGCACAAGAUGAUGUUGACUGAUGAUUUCGGGUUUUAUUCAUUGAAUGAAAUUUUAUUAUUUAUUUAUGUGUUCGUAGGUUUGACAAAUCCUGUGUUGAAAUGUUUAACUUAAUGCCUUUAAUUUAGGAAUGUAAGGGGUUUUACUGUAUCUGACAGGGAGACGUGCAACACAAGUCUAUUGUACGUAAGUUUGUGUUACCUCGCCAGUUGUUUUUACUGUUCAUCCAUAAAAAUAGAUAUUUGCACUCAAAUUAUGGAGACAUUAAAAGGAUUUAUUUCAAAUAGAUUAUUAAAGAAGAAACCGGUAAAUACAAAUGAAUGUCAGGCUUUAUUUGGCCUAGUAGUCAAAUGUUUCAAAUAGUUUUAAUAUAUAAAUGAUAUAAAUAUCGCUAUAUAAAUAAGAAAUAUCCCAGCAGCUUGUAUAAACAUUAAAGCAUUUCUUUAUUUUUGGUUUGUAUCAUAUCAGCUGAUUAAGUUGUGACUUUUGUUAGGUGUACGUAUGUAGGUAUUUAUUUAUUAAACAGAUUUUGUGUCCCCCGUCCCUCUACCCUCUUUCUGCCCACUCUGUGUAUUGUAUGUGUUCAACCAGUGGCCCUACUGGUGUGUGUGUGUGUUAAUGUGUGUGUAUAAGUGUGUGUGCAUGCACGGCAACACAAACUCGUAUCAUGGGCAGGUGCUCGCAAAGGCACCGAUGCCAGAAGGAAAGAACAGGUCAUGGUGUGAGAUUUACCUUUGUAAAGUGAAUAAAUUAUUUUUAUUUCAUCCGGUGAUUUGGCGCUGUUAUUUCCUUCUUGUUUUAAUCCUUACAAAACCUGCUUUAUGUUGACUUCAUUACAAAUGUCAACACCUACUGUAUGUACAGAAUAUAAAGACAUCAGAUACAUUUAGAGAAAAUCAUGCAAAUACCUCAUCACAGAUUUAAAAAGUUGAUAUAAAUUAUUUUUGUUUGAUAUAAAUUGUGAAUAAAUGUUAGUAACAUCACAUUCCUAGCAUUGAUGGGAUAUAUGUAUAGUAAAUACAGCACUCAAUCCGGUUUACACCAGAUGCCACCUCA